AUGCUACAUGAUGGAUGUAUAUAUAAGCAUAGCCAUGCUAUAGUGGAAGCAGAGUCACUGGUAGCUUGGUAUCACACAGCACUAAGAGCUACUUGUAGUAGUGGUGGAACCUCAGUGAAUACACAAAGUCACACAGAGCUUGAAUUCAGCCCUCUAGAGGUUAUAGCAGAUUGCAUUUUCUACUCCACCUUACUCACUGAAUAUGCCACGGCUGAAGUAAUCAUUGGUAGCACCAUGCAAAUAGGGACUUGGAGAAACCAACCAGCUAGUGGUAGGGGCAUCUAUCACAGGAGCGCGCCAUUUAAUGGGGCUAAGGGGGAUGGGAUCUCUGGGAGCUGUUCUAAUAGUAUUUAG